AUGUCGUCGCUGCUGCGCUGGGGGGACACAGAGGACGAAAGUGACUGGAUGGCGGAAUACGAUGAUAACUCUGUGUCUCUAUCCUUUGAAGAGGAGGAUGGCACACCCGUCAUCUCUGUCGAGGAGCGCGCUAAAUUGGACAAGGUAUUUGAUGGCCAAACAUACGCCCCACGGGCAUUCCGCCGCUCUAAAUUUGAGCAAAAGCAGCUUGAGCAGCUGCCAUUUGAGCGUAUAUCUCACCAAUUACGUGGAUUAAGUGAUAGCUCAAUUUCCACAUCAUAUCCGCGCAAACAGUUGAUGUUUCAUACAUUAUGCCACCGCGAGCAAGUAGGCACCUCUUCUAAGUCACAGCUCAUCAAGCUACAAGAAACACUUAUGCCGUUUCAGCAGAACAAACACUGCCGCGUUGUAGACUCAGUACGUGAUCGGCUUUACUGCGGUGGAUUCAAUAGCACCGGGUCCCGGUUUUUGACUGCUGGUCAGCGUGGAGAGAUUUUAUUAUACGAUACUGUACAUUGGACCCGCGCAGCCUUCUUGCCCGUUCGUGACGUCAGUUGGACGGUGACAGAUGCCAAGUUUACACCCGACGAUAAAAAUGUUGUGUACUCAACAAUAAACUGCAAUGUUCGAAUGGUAAGCACAAACUAUGAUGAAGAUAAAAAAGAGCAUGUCUUUGCACUGGCACGUCCAACAAGAGGAAGGAGUGAUAGUUUGUCGAGAAGAAUUAGUUGUGUUGGACGAUUUGGUGUAUGGUGCAUUGACAUCAAUGCUUCAGGAACUGAAUUUGUAGCAGGAACGUCUCAAAGCAGUGUCGUGCUGAUGGAUAUGGAAACUUCCGUGCCAUUGUGUCACGUUGUUGGUCACCACGACGAUGUCAACGCAGUGGCAUUUGUGGACGGUCCACUGCAUACAAACUUAUUUGUUAGUGGCUCAGAUGAUUCGGUGAUUAAGCUUUGGGACCGUCGUGUACUAUCUGAAUCAAAUCCAAAACCGCAAGGUGUGUUUCCAGGGCAUACUGACGGCAUCACGCAUAUCUCAUCGCGUGAUGAUGGUUACUAUUUUAUUUCAAACUCGAAAGACCAAACAACAAAACUAUGGGAUAUCCGAAAGUGUUUUUCGUUUCAAAAACAUAACGAGUUGCCACAGUUUCGCAGGCCAUACGCAUGGGAUUAUCGUUAUCAAGCGUAUCCGGGGCGCAACUUGAUACCGGUGGAACAUCCGAAUGACAAGUCUGUCAUGACAUACCGUGGCCAUGUGGUUAUUGAAACGCUGAUUCGUUGCUACUUCUCACCACUGCAUUCGACCGCUCAAAAAUACAUUUACACAGGAUCAGCUGAUGGUCGCGUGUACGUCUACGAUAGCAUAUCUGGUGAUCUCGUAGAGGUUUUUGCAAUGAAACCGCAUGGCCUCACUCGUGACGUACGCUGGCACCCAUUUGAGCCAACAAUUGUCUCGCCAGAUUUUUACGGCAAAUUGUGUGUCUGGCAGCGCCAGGACGAAGACAAUGUAGUGACUCCCAUCCCACAUUCUCAACAACGCCGCCACCUUCGAGCAGCCUGA